AUGUGCAAGAGUAUAACCUGUAUCAUCCUCGGUGUAUUCAACGUUGCAAUGCUGAUCGGUGGUUUAGCUCUGCUAAUUCUCGGUGCUUUGAUGAGGUGGAACAAACCGCUGCUUAAACAAAUUUGUGAUGUAUCACUGAAAUUUAUGAGAGAAAAAUUGGGAGACGAGGCGAUGAAGACUGCCGAGAUAGCAAUUGACAGAAUUCAAGAGUUUGCGGGUCCAUUUGGAUUGGUAGUGUUUAUCGGAGGAAUAGUUAUUGCUUGUGUAGCCGGCUUGGCAUUCAUCGGUCUUUGCUGCCACAUCAAGUUGUUCCUGAUUAUCCUCCUGAAAUAUGCCUACGAGUAUAUGCAGAAAGCAGUACAAAACUACGUAUCGAUGGAGAGUGGAACUGUCGAGAGUGCUGUCAUGACAAUUAUUAUGCCCACGAUUGGUUGCUGUGGUUUCAACAGUGCUGAAGACUUCAAUGCAGUAGAAGCUAAGUUUAGCAAGCAGGAUACGAUUGGAAACGUCACCAUAAAAGAUUUACAGUAUCCAGUGCCAUGCUGUGAUCUAAAGCAGGAACUGAAAGAUGCACCUGGUUACUGCCCAAGGACGUUCACAGCAGAAAACAGUUUUAUUAAAUACGGUUGCAAAGCUCAGAUGGAAAGUUACGUAUUUAACAAAAUCGCGUUGGGAUCGUUAGUCGUUCUUGCAGUCACCCCCUUUAAAAAGUUUGUUAGUAAAACAGCAAGUGAUAGUCGGAAGGUGCUCACUUCGGGCAAAAUGGUGAAUGCAACAGAAUUUCUGCAAGUUUUGAACGGGUCCGCAAAGCAGUAA